ACGCAAGGGUCCCGGCGAAGGCGGGGCCUCGGCGGGUCAGCUGAUCGCCGACGGGGCUCCGGGGUGGAUGGUCCGCGCCGCCGAGGAAGGAGAGACUCGCAGGAGCCGCCGAGAUGCCGUCGGAGAAGAGCUUCAAGCAGCGGCGCACCUUCGAACAAAGAGUAGAAGAUGUCCGACUUAUUCGGGAGCAGCAUCCAACAAAGAUACCGGUAAUUAUUGAAAGGUAUAAAGGAGAGAAGCAACUUCCUGUUCUGGAUAAGACCAAGUUCCUGGUUCCAGAUCAUGUCAACAUGAGUGAGCUGAUCAAAAUUAUCAGACGCCGUCUGCAGCUGAAUUCCAACCAAGCUUUCUUCUUACUGGUGAACGGACACAGCAUGGUGAGCGUUUCGACGCCGAUCUCAGAGGUGUACGAAAGCGAGAAGGAUGAGGACGGCUUCCUGUACAUGGUGUAUGCCUCCCAGGAAACAUUUGGCACGCAACCCUCCGUGUAAAUCAUGACCAGUGGCUUGUAGCCUAGGAUAGUUUUUACCCCUCCCUCCCACAGGAAAAAAGAAAGGGAUGUCACCCACCUGCUCACAGUAGCCGUGCUUAGCGGGUGUUCUCAGCGUACCUUGUUUUGUUUGUGAAUAUUGGAACGGAGGCCUGCCAGGAGGGACAGACGGGCCAGCUUCGUAAUCCGGCUGUCAAUACGCACAGGCAUGCUUUCUUUGUAGUCUCUGGAAUCUGACUGAAACCAUACCAUGUGUGUUAAAAGUUGCCAAUAAAAGGGAAUUUUAAGUUACUGU